UCAGAUUUUGUCCGAAAUGCAUUCUUCUGGUGACAUUGCUGGCUUGUUCAGGCGUAUUUGCAAAGCAAGCCCGGAAAAAUCGGAGGCUUUAGCUGCGAUCGACGUGUUAACACGUGUGCUUCACGACUCCCAUGUCUCAACGGUUCAAGGACUUCAUGAUGUACUGAAUACCGCAAUUUUGGAGAUGACAGAAGCCGAUCACACCUAUUUAUGUGUUAAGUCUGCUUGUGAACUAUUCCAACGGUUCAUUACCUUGACGAUAUCGGAUGCUCCGGAUGACUUCAAUCGGUGCAAACAAGUACUUCAAGAACGCGCGGAUAUGUUUUUGAGAAAGAUUGGUGCCUGUAAGCGGCAAAUUGCGGAAAAUUUCCUCAACCUUCUGCCAGACGGAGGGUGUAUACUGGUACAUUCCUAUUCACGAGUUGUACUCUCAGCUUUGGAAGCUUAUGCGGCUUCAAAAAGCAACAUGUCAGCUACAAGCAACCUCAGUAGCAGCCGACUGCAUUGUUAUGUAACCACAUGUGCUCCACAUGAGUCAGGCCGCAAAAUGACCAAAGAACUUGCCAGACUGAAAAUCCCGUGCACUCUUAUUCCUGAUUUGUCAAUCGGUUAUUUGAUGCCGCGUGUCAGUUUGGUACUGAUGGGAGCGCAUGCUGUCGUCGAAAGCGGCGGCGUUCUCAACGAUCUCGGGUCAUCCACCGUAGCGAUGAUUGCUGCAGCAUUCGGCAAGCCGGUCUACGUACUCGCCGAGUCGUUCAAAUUUAUCCGUGCUUUUCCUCUGGAUCAACAUCACAUCCCAUCGGAGCUAAAAUACUCUUCUGGAAUUUCGCCUGCUUGUUCACCACUCAGAAAUCUGAAAAUGACAGAUGCUCUUGAGGAAGACGAAGUUGAAGACGCGGAAGAUGAUUUCCCUGAAUUACAUACCGCUUGGGCUCGAGUUAAUGAACAUCGUGUACAGACGAUUGAGCGAACGAUGCCAAUCACCGACUACACAAACCCCUUCUAUAUAUCUUACCUCGUUACUGAUUUGGGCGUACUUACUCCGUCCGUUUGCCGGUCCUGGGUCAGUCUGACUCCACUGUUUCUUGUAUCAUUUCACUGUGUUGUUUGCGUGGAGCUGCGUCCGCCUGAUUCGGACUACAGUCGCUUUCCGGAGCUGUCGUUUUCGAAUCAGUUACUUUCAGGCCCACCUUCGAUGCCGACGGACCGCAAAAAGUCCCCGUUACUUCUGUUGCUUCUUGAUAGUUUUCGCUGGGAUUUGCUGGACCAUUUCGCCAAACGAACGAAUCGCACCCUAAGGGGUUUCGACAGGCUCAUCACUGGUGGUGGUUACAUGAAACAGGUUCGGCCGGUUUUCCCUGCUGAGUGCCAUCCAAAUAUCAUGUCCCUCCUUACUGGUCUCUAUCCGGCAGAGCAUGGCAUGCUGUUUACAAAGAUGUAUGACGAACGUCGUAAUCGAUCCAUCGGAUUCAUGGAACAGGAUGUGCAUAGCCCCACUCCAGAUGUGAAGACAAAAUUGGCGAAGCAUGGCCGCAUGCAUGUGUACCACCUUCCAUUCUGCGAUAGUUUGGCGUCAGAGUGGACAUCUUGUGAACCGCAUGAACAAUCUCAGCUCACACCGGCGAAGCUUGAGGAAACUCUGGGACGAGCAUUGGAACGACUACGUAGUGGACAGUCAGAUGUUACAGUUGUUUACUACGACAAGCUGGAUUACGUAGGUCAUGAACAUGGUCCAUUAUCAGACCAGCUCCUACUUUCACAUCUUCCUGCACUCGAUCACGUGAUAGACCGGCUAGUGGAUCAGCUGACUGAGGAGGCCGAAAUUCGUCCGUAUCUCGUUGUCACAGCGGACCAUGGCAUGACUGAAGUACUUGGCAGUACAGAAUCCCUGGAUCGACUGUUUUCAGGCUCACCCCGGAUCAAGCGGUUCUCGAUGUACUUGAAUGAGAGCAUUCCAGCUGAGUGGCACUCUGGGGGCACCUUGUUUCCCCCUAUUUUGCUGGUUGCCAAACCUGGUUUUGUCUUCAUCUCAGAGUUUUGGCCUCUGGAUCUGAGUCAUACCAACCUCUCCUCACUGAAGGGUGCUCAUGGCUACGAUACAACUCAUCCAGAUAUGCACGUACCACUGUUCUUGUUCGGACCUCGCAUCAAGCCGUCCUCGUUAUAUCGAGGUAUUCCAGUUGAUCAACUGUAUUCGCAUCAACUGAUUGCUUCACUGAGCACAUUACGACCAGCUCUCCAAAGUUCAGAAGCACCCUCAAACUCUGUACCUUUUCAGUUAGGUGACUCAAGAUCCUCUGUUUUCCAGAAUGGUUUGUUUAUUGCCACUUUGACCACAAUCAUUUGUCUCCUCUGUCUCGUGGUUCUUCUGUUCAGUAUUACGUUCGUUUGCCGUUCGGCGCUGCACUUCUGUACUCCGUUGCUAGACGUGGAAGAAAAGUUAAUUCAACCAGAGGGGAAUCUUGCCUAA